AUGGACGAAGCGAGGAUCCAACGGAACAUAGAGGAGGCGAUAACGCUCUUGAGACGUGGCCUCUCUGGGGACGACAUCCUCGCGAUCUUCCAGGCCCGAAACGAAGGUCGCGGACCCACGUACGCUCUGCACCCCGAGGCUUGGGCCACCGUGAUGCGGCGUGCGAAGCGGAGAGCUUCUCGCCUAGAUCCCAUCCCCGUCCCGACUGCAGCUCCUGCAGGGCCGAGUGAGCUAUUUCAGCUGGACGAAGCGAGGAUCCAACGGAAUACCGAAGAGGCUAUAACGCUCUUGAGACGUGGUCUCUCUAGGGACGACAUCUUCGCGAUCUUCCAGGCCCGAAACGAAGGUCGCGGACCCACGUACGCUCUGCACCCCGAAGUCUGGGCCACCGUCAUGAGGCGUGCGAAGCGGCGAGCUUCUCGCUUAGGUCCCAUCCCCGCCCCGACUGCAGCUCCCGUCCCUCCACGACCUGUACCGAGACCAUUUGUACCUCCCGUCUCUCCACGACCUGUACCGAGACCACAGCUCCCGUCCCUCCACGACCGAUACCGAGACCAUUUGUACCUCCCGUCUCUCCACGACAUAUACCAAGACCACAGGUACCUCCCGUCCCUCCACGACCUGUACCGAGACCAUUUGUACCUCCCGUCUCUCCACGACAUAUACCGAGACCACAGGUACCUCCCGUCCCUCCACGACCUAUGCCGAGACCACAGGUACCUCCCGUCCCUCCACGACCUAUGCCGAGACCACAGGUACCUCCCGUCCCUCCGCGACCUAUACCGAGACCUCCCGUAG